AUGGGUACUUCACCAAUUGUAGCAAACCCAAACAAAGAAGAGCGAAUUUCCAAACGUGCUGCACGGGCGACGGCAGGGAAUUUCCUGAGGACAAAUGGGAAUGGUUCCAGAUACCUGGAUAGAGGGAGUGCAGCUCAGUUUUAUGAAUGUUGGUUGACCAAAGUCUUAAUUUUUCAGUACAAAGCCAUUGUUUUUAGACCCUUUAAAGGAGAAGUCCUAGAUGCUGUGGUGACUCAGAUCAACAAAAUUGGCCUUUUCUGUGAAAUUGGCCCAAUGCAGUGUUUUAUAUCUAGACACUCCAUCCCUCAGGAUCUGGAGUUUGAUCCCAACUCAAAUCCUCCAUGUUACAAGAGCAGAGAUGAGGAAGUUGUUAUACAGCAAGAUGAUGAAAUUAGAGUGAAAAUUGUGGGCACAAGGGUAGAUGCUACUGACAUUGUAAGUUUUUUUGAGAUGCUAUGUACUAUUAGUGUGUGUAUUAUGUUAAUUUAGCAUUGCCCAGGCUUGUUUGUUGGAGCAGUUAAGAAUUUAAGCUGCCCAUUUCCAUACAAGAGACAAAUGGGGGAACAUUCCUUAUGGAAGAAGUAUUGUACCCUUUUACUCUUUUAGUUUUAUUUAUCUCCAUUUAAAGUAUCCCUCUUGUUACUGCAGCUGGUUGUACAGUGGUCCCCCGUAUUCGUGGGGGAUGCAUACCAGACCUCCCGUGAAUGGUUAGAACCUGCGAAUAGUUGGAACCCCUAUAAAAAUACUGAAAACAGCCUAUUUUG